GUGCCAUCGACAGUUCUCCACCUCUAGAAAGAAGAAGGGCUUUCAAACAGCUGACUGCAAUUUUGUGUUUCAUUUAAAUUUGUUACAAAUAAUGCAGUUAAAUACGGUUUAUAUUACCGUGGGCACCACCAAAUUCGAUGACCUUAUAGGCGUCGUUAAAUCGGAACCUGCCCUGAGAGCUCUGCAGGCCAGAAAAUGCCGUAAGCUCAUCGUGCAGCAUGGCAAUUCGGAGCCCUUGUCGGCCGAAGAAACUCAACUGAUAAGCAAAAAGUAUGGUAUCCAGGUCGAACAAUAUAAAUUCCGGCCGAAUCUGGAGGAUAUAAGGGCUGCUGACCUCAUUAUUGGCCAUGCCGGGGCUGGCACUUGCAUGGACAUACUGAACAACCGGAAAUAUGGACUGAUUGUGAUCAACGACAAGCUAAUGGACAAUCAUCAACUGGAGCUGGCCCGGCAACUGGCCGCCGAGAACUAUAUCUACUACUGCGGGGUCACGGAUGUGGACGCCAAGCUGGCCACGUCGGACUUUCAAGCCCUGAGACCCUACGAAACGCAGCCCGAGAAUAUGCAAAAAUUCGUUCAAGCUUUAAAUGAUCUCAUGACUGGUUAAAAAAUCGCUUAUUUUCAUCUAAACAAACUUGAAAACAUUCCCAAAAAGUAACCAAAAUCUUUGUUUUUGGUGCCAACCCCCAGUGGGGUUAGCUUUAGCUAUUUAUUUAUAGGUUUAUAUAGAGUACAUUUAAUAAACACGGCAAACACGUCUA